AACUGAAACUUGUUUGAUGCCGAAUGCCGAUGCUAAAUGCUUGCAUGUUGUGGAUUUUGUUUUAGAAUUUAGAUUUUGAGUGCAUCUGCAUAGUGAGCAUAUUAAUAGUUUUCAAUUUGUGGCAACCUUCCGAGUGAACGAAGUAAACCAGUAAAUAGCUAAAGCUAUUCAGUGACUUUGUGAAAUUCGUGGUUUUAUUUGUAAAAAUGACUACUUUGGGUCCUAAAAAAGACGGAGGCCCAAAUGUGGAAUUCUUUCAAUCGCCGGAAAGCUUAGCCCAAUUCGAUCAAAUUCGUGUUUGGCUGCAAAAGAACUGUAAAAAGCAUGUCCAGACAGAUCCACCAACUAAAGAGGGAUUGGCGCAGUUGGUGAUUCAGCUCAUACAGUACCAGGAGAACAAAUUGGGGAAAAAUGCCACCGAUCCCCCAUUUCUUCGGCUUCCAAUGAAAGUGUUCAUGGACAUGAAAGCGGGCGGCUCUCUGUGCACGGUCCUGGCCACCAUGUUCCGCUUCAAGUCGGAGCAGCGGUGGCGCAAGUUUGACUUCCAGGUCGGUAAGAAUCCGUCCCGCAAGGACCUCAACGUCCAGAUGAUGAUGGAGAUAGAGAGUGCCCUGCUGAGCGCGGAGAUCAUCCGCUCACCCUGCAUCUACAUACGGCCGGAGGUGGACAAGACGACCGCUAACAAGGUCAAAGAUAUCAUCAGCAAUCAUCAGGUGGAGAUAUGCAUUGACGAAGAUGACGCCACCCACAUAAUAUACCCGGCGGUGGACCCUUCUGAAGAGGAGUACGCACGGCCCGUGUUCCGGCGCGGCAACAACGUACUGAUACACUGGUACUACUUCCCCGACAGCCACGACACGUGGACGCAGACUGACUUGCCGGUGGACGUGCCCGAGAGCGCCAACUGGGAGUGCAGCCGGCCGGAGGCGUGGCGAGUAUCGGCCACGUGGGUACUGGACCUGCCGCACUACAACGAAUGGCUCAACGAGGAGGACUACGAAGUCGACUCGCACGGGAAGAAGAAGGCACAUAAGCUGCGCCUGUCUGUGGACGACUUAAUACCGGGCAACGAACCCUCGGCCAAGAGUAAGAAAGGCAAGAGGAAGCGAUCCCCCUCUCCACCGCCGCAGAAACACAGCAAGAGGAAGAGUCGUGGUGCUAAGAAAAGAGAGAACGAUAUGGAAGAAGAAGAGGACAACGCCUCCAGAGAUAACACUGACGUCGCGCCAACGCCGGAGGUGGAGAAACAACCUGAACCCCCAGUAGUGGUGCCGGUGCCGGCAGCGCCAAGCACGUCGAGCACGGAGCCCGCCAGCGGUGCGAGUGCGGGCGCGAGCGCAGCGACCGCCACCAGCGGGGAAGCGAGCGCGCCGCAGAUCGACCAACAAGACGACUCGCAGGGCAAACAUAGUGACUCUAACACACAGGAAACAAUAACAAAAGAAGAGCUAGAGGACAACGUGACCGACCAGACUCAUCAUAUAGUAGUACCGUCCUACUCGGCGUGGUUCGACUACAACUCUAUCCACACCAUCGAGAAGCGAGCACUGUCCGAGUUCUUUAACGGGAAGAACAAAUCGAAAACGCCAGAGAUAUAUCUCGCUUACAGGAACUUCAUGAUCGACACAUACCGGCUGAACCCCACUGAGUACCUCACGAGCACCGCGUGUCGCCGCAACCUAGCGGGCGACGUGUGCGCCAUCAUGCGGGUGCACGGCUUCCUGGAGCAGUGGGGACUUGUCAACUACCAGGUGGAAGCGGACGUCAGACCAACAGCCAUGGGUCCUCCGCCCACGUCGCACUUCCACGUGCUGUCGGACACGCCCAGCGGCUUGCAACCACUCCAGGCCCGCGCCGCCGGACAGGCACAACCCAGGCCAGCUGAAAAUGCAGCGGUACCCAAAGUGGAGGCCGGCCUGCCGAAUGGAUCUGACGCGGCCACGCCGCAGGCUCCGGUGCCGCCGCAGCCCGCCGUCAAGGUGGAGGGGGUGAAGACCGAACCCACCAUCGAACUGGGCACCGCGCCUGGACUGAAACUAGAUCAGUACCGCGUGACAGCAACGCGCGGCCGCGAGUGGACCGAGCAGGAGACCCUGCUGCUGCUGGAGGGGCUGGAGCUGCACCGGGACGACUGGAACCGCGUCGCGGCACACGUGGGCUCGCGCACGCACGACGAGUGCAUCCUACACUUCCUGAGGCUGCCCAUCGAGGACCCCUAUCUGGAGGACAGCGGCGUGUUGGGCCCGCUCGCCUACCAGCCGAUUCCCUUCAGCAAGGCUGGCAACCCCGUCAUGAGCACCGUGGCAUUCCUCGCGUCUGUGGUCGACCCGCGCAUCGCGACCAAGGCCACGAGAGCUGCUAUGGAUGAGUUCGCUGCUAUCAAAGACGAGGUCCCCGCGGCCAUGAUGGAGGCGCACGUGAAAGCGGCCGGCUCGCUGGGCCCGAGCGCCGCGCUGGCGAGCACGGGCAUCGCGGGCACGACGCCCGACCCGCCGGAGAAGAAAGACAGCGGCGAUGUGAAGGCCGAGCCGAUGGAGGUAGAGGGCGAGGGAGAGGCCAAGGUGAAGGAGGAACCAGCCGAGCCAACCACAGAGAAGGACGCUAAAGAAGACGACGGACCACAGCAGCAAGAACAGCCAACUGUUGUGGACGCGAAGCUUCAGUCGGCCGCGGCUGCUGCGCUGGCGGCGGCGGCUGUGAAGGCCAAGCACCUGGCGGGCGUGGAGGAGCGGAAGAUCAAGUCUCUGGUCGCGCUGCUGGUCGAGACGCAGAUGAAGAAGUUGGAGAUCAAGCUCAGGCACUUCGAGGAGCUCGAGGCUACUAUGGAAAGGGAGAGAGAGGGACUGGAGUACCAGCGGCAGCAGCUGAUCCAGGAGAGACAGCAGUUCCAUCUAGAGCAACUGAAAGCUGCGGAAUUUCGCGCAAGGAAUCAAGCGUUACAAAGGUUACAAGCAGAGACCGGUGGCGCGGUGAAUUUAGGAUCCGGAGCUAACGCGGUGGCGGUGAGUGGGGCGCCCGCCGGAGGCACCGCCUCCGAGCCCACGCAGGACGCCACGGCUCCACACCACCACCCCUAGGUGUACACACCGCAUGCCUGGUCGAGGACAACACCAACAAUUGCUUCAGAUAGAUUUAUUAACAUGACGAUGGCCCCCCAUUGAUAGGAUAUCUUGAGAUAUAAAACUAUUAGUUAUCUAAAAUAAAACUAUCCAAAGUUACUCCCCAUACCCAAAAAAUAUCUGAUAUUGUAAGUCCACUAUCCGAACAUAACAUUGUGUUAAUGUAUCAGACAGAGAGCAAAAAAUUCUCAACUAUUGUCAAAGUAAAAAUAUCUUAAUGUGGCUCAUACUUAUUAUAUAAAUACUUUGCCUAUAAGAAGUGUUACAAAAAUAACGACUGUCGAUAAACUGCAGGAGAGAACGGGAAGCAGUCCAAAUAUUAACAAAUAGGAUUGCUUGAAAUCUCCGCUACGCUUCAGUGGGUAGCAUUUGCCAACUAGUUUUAAUUCAUUUAUUUGAAAUUCGAAGCUCGGUAGCGGCCCGAAGAUACAUAGGACUGACACAGAGCCGGAGAGCGGAGCGGCAACGGGAGUUGUUGUUGUUGAGUGAACGUGGUGUCAUUGCACACACGGGCCCGCACCUCAACUCUGUGGGGUUGUGCGUUACUCCCUCGCUCUACUUCAAUGGCAACGGAUUUCCGUUAUUUUCUCCCCCAUAAAUGUGUUUAUCUACACCCAUGCUUUAAAUCCUCUAUGAUCUAAAACAGUUAGCUUAUUGCCAACAUUAAAACACCCAAUGUCCUAAUAACCACUACAUCAUCCAAACGAGUGUUGUAAUAAAAUUCAGUACAACAUUACAACACUCGUUUGGAUUAUGUAAUGGUUACUAGGACUGGCUUUUUUAAUAUUAGCAGUAAACUGUUACAGAAUGUUUUAUAGAGGAUUCAUAUUAUGCCUGUAGAUAAAGUCUUGUAGGCAACUGUCGAUAAUUAGGUAUUAAAACACUCAUGUGAUACUAUUAUCAAACCCACAUUCGUGUUUUAAUACCCCUUAUUACACAACAGUUUCAUCUAUUAACGAGAUAAAGGAUGAGAACAGAGGGAACUGGAGCAUAGCCGUCUCAUUGUAGACGGCAAUACGGUAUUCUAAAAUCAAGUUAUGUUCAACUAAGUAAUCAAAUAAUACAAAAUUUUCAUUAUUUAUUAAAUAUCCAUAAUACUUACAUUACAAACAUUAUUGAAAAACAUUCAUUACAUUUGGUGUUCGAUCAAAUAAUAUUUUUUUAUGGAAUCAAAAUUGUGGCGUUUUUCAUUAACAUAGUUUUAUGCCAUAUUAUCAAAAUUCUUAAGUAUAGAAAGAAGAUAGAUUAUAAUUUACGAUGAUUCACAUAAGCUGCCGUUUAAGAUGUCUCCUCGACUUGCCCAGAAUCUAAGUUAGAUUAAGUUAGCGUAAGGUUAGUUGAUAACAUUUAUGUUUUAAUAAUUCUGAUAAUUUAUAAGAUUAAUUUUUCUUUCAUCUAGUUAAACCUUUUGGUAUUUAAGCAAAUAAAGGCGGUAUUUCCGAAAUAUAAGUUCCUCCGACAAACACCGCCAGAGCAUUAACAAAAUAGUUUCUAGCGAUCGAAACAUGUUGCCCUUCGCAGCUGUUUAAGCUUCCGAAAGCACAAUACGGUAAUAGAACAAUACUUUAUCUCCUCCACGCUCCUGUGAUUCCUCUGGUGUUGCAAGAGAAUGUUGGCGGUGGUGAUCACUUAACACCAGGUGAAUCAAACGUUUGUCCUCCUUUUCCAUAGAAAAAAAAAUCUUCGUACUAGAGUGCCCGAAUCGACGCACGCACACGUACACACGAUUUACACGGUCGCUAAGCAAUCUAGGGAAGACAAAACUAUCAGUGCCACGCCGUACGCCGCCGAGACUGGUCGUGUCCUUGUUCAAUUAUCUGCGCUAAAACUCUUUGUUUAAAUACCACCUCUAGCGCUCGCCGCACACGUAGGUAUAAAUUUGAACGAGACCGCUGAGUUACACUACUUACUGUUCUUGUUAUUGUGCCGAAGGUGACAUUGGUCGACAAUGCUAGGCUCCAACAAUCAACUCACAAUCCUGUCUGUGUCUUUUAUUGCAAUAUAUCUUCGAUAUUUUUUUCUUUAUUUAUUUAAGGGCUUUUAUAUGUAUGUACAUGUCAGCCCCGUUAUAAUCUAAGUACAUUUACACUCAAACAAAAGAAAAACAAUAUUCUUAACUUAACAAACUAAAAAAAAAUAGUAAAAAGCAAGUUAUACAGUCUUCAACAAAUAAGACUUAUGGAAUCUUCGAUAUCAAUUCUGUUGCUUGAACUAAUUACGAACAAGGUGGUGUACUUACACACGACAUAACAUAGAAGCAGAUCCAAGAAUCAAUUGAUUUUAAUUAUAGCAAGUACGAGAAUUUUGAAUACUAAUUAUUAAUCCAAAGCUGUGAUACUAUAAAUAUAUGAAAAGCUAUGAGAGUGCCACCACGAAAUCUCUGAUUGUAUUAGAUCUUUACUUACAGCUAAAGCGGGAUUUUCACUAUGCGAGUACACUCGAACGACUACUGUCGAAUACUCGUAUUAUGUAAACAUUCGAGCGGACCUUUUAUACUCGUAAUGGCGUAAUCUUACAGAAAGUGGAAUGAACUAAUAGAAGUUUAUUUAGUACAAUAUGCUUGUUGGUACUUUUUCAAGCUGAAUCUUUAACAAUUUAAAAAUUAAUUAUCUACCCCAUAUAUUUUUACUGGUAAUUAAUUAUAUAAUUAUCACCAACUUGAACGAUCUCUAUCUACGGAUCCAAGUAUUCCUUCCGUUUCCUUGCCUUUUAAUGAUUUUGUAUUUCGCAGCAACAUAUCAGUUUUCAUUAUAUUUAUUGUAUCAGGAGAUAAAAAACGCUUCUCGGUUUAGAUGUGUAAACCUACUAUAUAUACUAUUCUAUCUAGCUCGUACGAGUGUACUCGGAUAAUGAAAACCCUGCUUUAUGCAUCACUCAUCUCUGGUUGAAAUAACAAGCACUAUAAGUUUCCAACCAAAGUUGCCCCGAGAUCAUAACGCUUGCAAGAUCCGAAUAGUGGUAAAUACCCCUUAUAAUUUACAUGCGAUUCCAGCAGACUUCAAGUUAAAUUUCAAGAAAAUAUUUUUUUAUCGAACAAAUAAUAUAAUUUGAGAAAACUUUAACUGUUGACAUAACGCAUAUAUAAAUGACCUGACCUUUGAAUGAUUUAAAAUCAAUAAUGACAAUCAAUAAAUACAUAAUGAGUUUUUUUUUUCAAAUUUACGUAAAGUCAUUAUCUUAUCACUGUGGCAAAAACUAUUGCAAGCAAAGAACAGCAAUCGUAGCUCAAAAACCGUAAUUGUUUAAGAAAGUUUGUUUUACUGUAUAACGUGUCGUAUAUUAUUACCCCCUUAUUCAUAAUAGUCUGCUAACUUAAAGCAUUGCUAAUUCGCACUCUGUCUUCUUCUAUUGACCUAAUUCAGAAUGAGAAUUAACACUCCUUAGCGGCUGUUUAAAGUUAGCGGACCAUUAUGAAUAAGGGGGUUAGUCAUUAAGAAAAUUAAUUUAAAGCAGUUAGGUCUGUAGCAAUAAAUGCGCUUUUCAAUUACCUGAGUACGAUGUUGUAUCAUUAGCUUAGUGCCGGGUACUUAGGACCCACGCGCAUUCGGAGGAUGUCGGACAGUAUUUACCAAAAUGUAAAUGUGAGAAUCAUUUUAAAUCAACCAUUGAAGUAUUUAUUCGUUAUAAAUUGUUGUGUUUAUUGUCACUGUAAUAUCAAUGAAAGUAGCAUUUUUGUAUUGCAUUUAAAUUUGUGAACUGAAAUUUUGUAAUAAAAUUGUAAACAUAUAUAAUGCCACUUAAAUGUGAAUGUUAAAUAAAGUAAGAUGGUGAAAUAAAAAGUAUCUCGUAAUUGUAAA